GGUUCAGGCCGGCUCCGCGCGUUGUGGUUUACGAUCCCAGGCUCGCUAAGCGACUCGUCUCAACUGAGCAUUCGAGAAGGGGGUGAACGGACAGCAUGGCUCGAAUAUUCCGCUCAUUGAACGAUAGGCUCCACAUUUUGCAGGUUGAACAGAAGAUCUAGGGGCGUCUUGGAGGGGGAGGAAUGUCCACGCUUCUAUCUCCCUGAAAUCCACUUUUGGCAUACAUACCGUGGCCUUGUGCCCAACGCUGCAAUAUGGCCUUCACCGUCGCAAGUCCAGCCGUUGUUGACACUUUGAACGGCUGGAGUGGCGGUAAUAAUUGAAAGUUCGUGAACGACGUCUUGAAUGGGCCUCAAUUCGCAUGGUACAUUAGGGCUUUUCAAUUCUAAAUUGCGCGACCUGCCGGUGUUUGAAUACAGGUUCAAAAUUUAGAUCUGAAAAGUCCUCCCGUUCCCAUAGGUUCAACCAGCGUAUAAGAACCCAAUUGUUUCAAUGGGCCUUUGAAUCCUUGCAAGAAUCAGCAGAACUAAACUAUGCGUCUCUCUCAGAAUCACCUCUUUUUCUCGCUUUCUACCUAUAUCGUGUUGACCUCCGCGGUCAGCCUUCCUACUUCAUUCAUCUUGACAGGCGACAGUACAACGGCAGUGCCGUCUGGCUGGGGAAAUGGUUUCUGCGGAUCUUCAACCCCGGCCAUAGCGUCUAGCCUUGAAACCGGAACCCCUUGUUUCAAUGUCGCUGUCGGUGGAGCGACAACAGGGUCUUUUGUCAAUCAAGGACACUGGAAAACGGCUCUUGACCUGGCCAAGGCUGAGGUUGCGAAAGGCCGUCGCACACUCGUUACCAUACAAUUUGGUCAUAACGAUAGAUGGGUCGGUACACCCGACUUACUGGCCCAGCAUCUGACCCCUAUGGUCCAACAAGUCAAGGAAAUCAAGGCUGAACCCAUCCUCAUCACUUCCCUCGUCGUCCGGACAUUUGACUCGACUGGGAAGAAGAUUAUCGAGGACACGCUCGCCCCAUAUGUGGCUGCAACCAUUCAGGUGGCAGAGAACGAGAAGACGCAUCUUUUGGACCUCCACGAGAAAAGUUUGACCUACUGCGAGGCCAUCGGGGUCACUGCCGCGAACAAGUUCAACCCUGCAGCUGGAGACACUACACAUGUCAAUCAGAAGGGUAUGGUUGUUUUCGGGAGAAUGGUCGCUGACUUGAUGAACGCUGACUUCGGUCUCAUUGGUAUCAACUUGUUGCCGAUUGUACCAAACCCAGAGCUAUCGUACAAUAUCACGCACGGUAUUCCAUCUUAUUAGGUCACUCUCUUAUUUGCGGAUUGCUACAUACUUAUCGAAACGAUUCCGAUACGAACGCCAAGAACUACUUCAGCCACAACAUAGUUGCUGUAAUGAAUGAUCAUAGUUGUUUUACCCUUCC